CUUUGGAACCCCAAGCCCAAAGAAGUCUCCACUUCUGCAUCUGCAUGCAACACCACCUCGCUUGUAGCCUUCUGUCCGUCCCGUCCCCAGCUAUCCUCUGGCUUUCUCCCAUCCCAUGUGAACCAGCCACGCCAGUCGGCCACUCAACUCAAGGGAGCAAGAAACUCGUGCGGCGGACCGCCGGAAGGAAGGAUCCCGCCCGGCCGCGACCGGUAGUAGCAGGAGGAGGAGAUGGUCAGCGUCGACAAGCAGGCGGCGCCGGCGGCGGGAAGGGGGCUGCUGAGCAGCUGGGCGCAGAGGCACCUCAACCUGUGCUUCGUCGCCGGCUUCCUCCUCGUGCUCCUCACCUACCUCGUCGUCUCCCAGCAGUUCGCCGCCACCUCCCCCGUCGCUGUCCCCACCACGACGCCGCAUCGGAAGCAUCAGGCCAUCAAGUCCCCCGGAGCCGGCGCCGGCGAAGCAGGAUCAACUCAAGGGGGUCGAGGAGGAGCGGGGAAGACGGAGGCCAGACCAGCUCACGAGCAGCAGCAACAGGCAGGGCCGCCGAAAGCAGAUGGCCGCGCGCGCGGUGUGGGACUCAAGAGAGACGACGACGGUGCGGCCAAGCCGUUCGACAACGGCAAGGUGGUGUGCAUUGCGAGCCCCUUCUCCUACACCUGCGACGUCUUCGGCGACGUCCGGACCAACGGCACGGCCCACACCGUCACCCUGGUGCCGGUGACGUCCCGACCAGAGCGCCGGGAGUGGAGCAUCCAGGCCUACGCCCGCUUCAACAUGACCGGCAUCCCCAACGUUACGGUGACGCAGCUCGACUCGACGUCCGCGGCGUCCCCGGCGCCCGCGUGCACGGUGACGCACCGCGUCCCGGCCAUCGUGCUCGCGCUCGGCGGCCACUUGGGCAACUACUUUCACGACUUCAGCGACGCGCUGGUGCCACUGUUCGUGGCGUCGCGGCGGUACGACGGCGAGGUCCAGCUCCUGGCCAGCAACAUCCAGCCCUGGUGGCUCGGCAAGUACGAGGCCGUCGUGCGGCGGUUGACAAAGUACGAGGUCCUGGACCUCGACCAUGACGACCAGAUCCGGUGCUUCCGGCACGUAACCGUGGGCCUCAACAUGCACAAGGAGUUCAACAUCGUGCCGGAGCUGGUCCCCGGCGGCGUCCCGCUCUCCAUGCUCAACUUCACCGCCUUCCUCCGCGAGACCUACUCCCUGCCGCGCGCCGCUCCCAUCAGCCUGACUAAUAAGAAGAGCAGCCCGCCGGUGGACAGGAAGAAGAAGAAGCCGCGGUUGAUGCUGCUCGACCGGGGCCACUACCGGAAGCUCGUCAACGUGCCGGAGAUCGUCAAGGCAGCGGAGAAGGCCGGGUUCGAGGUGACCAUAGCGGACCCACGGUUUAACGUGCGCGUCAAAGAGCUGGCCCUCUCCGUGAACUCGUUCGACGUGCUGCUGGGCGUGCACGGCGCCGGCCUGACCAACUCGGCGUUCCUGCCGCCGGGGGCGGUAGUCAUCCAGGUGGUUCCGUACGGCAAGCUGGAGCCGAUGGCCCAGAGGGAAUUCGGCGACCCCGCGGCGAACAUGGGGCUCCGGUACCUCGAGUACAGCAUCUCGGUGGAGGAGAGCACGCUGCUGGAGACGCUGGGGCCGCACCACCCCGCGAUCAAGGAUCCCGAUUCGGUCCACCGGAGCGGGUGGGACAAGGUCGCCGAGUACUACCUCGGCAAGCAGAACGUGCGCGUCGACGUCGAAAGGUUCGCGCCGACGCUCGCGCUGGCGCUCGACCAUCUCCGACGGCAGUAGCUUAGGGUGCAUGCCUGAGGGGUGACGACAGAGACCGUUUGUACAUCCGCUGCAAAGGAGUUCACAUUUUCUUUUUUGGUGGAAAAUACAUAUAGGAAGUUGUUGGUAAUAGAUUGGUCGAUUUCUAUUGUGCCGCGGUGAAUAGAAACUUUUGUUGGUAUUUA